AUGGCCGUGCUGGGCAUCUCGCUCAUCGUCGCAUCGGUCGUCUUCGUCCUUCUGCGGCCGCCGCAAUGGCUGAUGCUGCGAUGGCAAGGCUUUGGAGGGAUCGCGGCCAUUACGGACGGCAAGGAGAAGGAGAAAGCCGCGGAUAAGAACCAACGAAGCAGAGAUGGCGCUGAAGCUGGUGUAGAACUAAAGGGGCUUUCGAAGACGACUUCAAUAGCAACCUCCUCCGGGACCCUGAAGCAGCGUCAGCCUCCUCCCACGAUCGCGCCUCCCGUCAUCGUGCCGCCAUCCAUCGAAGAACCAGAGUCUCCCUCCACGCCCAAAGCCCAGGCCGCAAAGCCAUUGUCAGGCGCCAUUCCCAGCCUCUCCCUCUCCGCCGACUCAGCGUCGUCGAUGAUGCCCCCGCCGCCUCUCCCUUCGCCUCGCCUGUCCAACGGCCGCAUUCCAUCUCUCAACCAGUUUCCAGCCCCCAACUCUGCCCAGCGUGCCCGCGGCCCUACGCCCAAUCGCGGCCCUGCUGCGUCGUCUUCGUCAUCCGGCCUCGCUCCUCCCCCCACGCUCGCUGCCAAGCCGCAGAAACCCAGCCGCCAGGUCGUCCUCACGCCGGGCCACUCUCCGCUGGACUGGGCGAGGAUAUCCGGACCCAACGCCGAUUUGCGCGGCGUGGUUGCGUCGACCCCUUACCUACGUGUGACGCCUUCGAUGCUCAAGACGCAGACUGGUCGCAAGGGCAAGGACGCUUGGAUGGCUAUCAAUGGCAAAGUGUACAAUGUUACGCCGUAUGCGAGAUUCCAUCCUGGAGGUGUGCCGGAGCUUAUGAGGGGCGCGGGACGAGAUGGCACGAAGCUGUUUGGAGAGAUUCAUCCAUGGGUCAAUUAUGAGACUAUGCUAGCAGCGUGUCUUGUGGGGUUGCUGGUCGAAGAGUCGGAUGGCAAGGAGAAUGAUAUGGAUCAAAUGGAUUAG